AUAGUAUUCUAAACUGCAGUGGAGAACGCUUGAUUCAAUGCAAUUAUAAAAAGGCACAAGGCUGAGGAUUAGCUGUACAGUAAAACAAUUGGUAGCUACAAAGGCAAAAUGAAAUAUUUCAUAGUACUCCUUUUUGCUGUGUCUGCUCUGGCCAUGCCAGAUCCUGAGAUGAUUAAGGAAGCAUUUUUUGAUGAUGAGUUGAUUGCAGAAGAGACUGUUAAUGCUGGUCCUACUGAUAGUGACAUACAAGCCACAGAUACUCCCAUUGAGGCUGCUAGUUCAUCUCUCACAACUUGCCUCAAUACAGCAAUCAACAGUGCAAUUAAUGCAAAACUUGCUGAUCAGCCAGUAAUUAAGGUCCUGAAUCUUGAAUUUGUUAGUGGUAUGAAGUUGAAGCUUAGCAAAGUCAAUGGUGGAACUCUUUCCUCUUCUACUGUUAUUGAGCAAAUAAGCAUUGGAAAUGGAUAUUAUACCAGAAAAGGGAGCUAUUUAGCUUAUCAACCAAGGUAUUCAGAUUAUCAUAGUUCUGGCUUAGCUGGAAUAUUUCUGAAUCUGGAGAAGCUCUUCCCGUGCAUAGCUCGUAGUUCAGUUAUCCCUGUCUGUGGCAGGUUUACCUAUGAGGAGGAUGGAUUCCUUCAGGGUAAAUCGGUUCUCCAGACAAGUGAUUUAGGAAAUCAUAUAAAGGUAUUUGGAAGCUCAAUAGCCACUUAUGGAAUGGCUAUUUCUGGUUGUCGUGUUCUGAAUGGCAAAAAUGGUUGUCUUCCAUUGUGGUUUCAAACAAGGAUUACCUGCCUCCUUCCUCGUUCCUGCAAAUGAACAACUUGACUCUGCAGGUGAAUUGAUCCCUUGGACUUAACUUUUGUAGUAGUUAUAGUUUUUAGAACUAGCUUACAGGAUUUUUUUUUGAUUUUAUUUUCAUUUUUAUUUCAAUUUUUUGUCAAUAGAAGGUAGUUUUGAUCAAUAAAAACAAUGAAAAAUUUUGUUAAAAACUUUUUGCAUAGUGAAA